GAAUGAGUAAGGUUUUUCUUUUUGCAAAUUGAGAUGCAUUUAUUAUUAUUUACUAACUUAAUUGUGUUGCUUGUUCCCCAUCUUUUCAGAUUGUGAUUUUUACCAAAGCGUGUGUAGACCUCAGCAAACAUGAACCUAAGUCCUUCAGACCAGAGUGUGCACAACUCCAGUGAAGGCUGUCUGGAGGAUGACAAACACGGCGUCCUGCUGCCUUGCUUACGCAGAAACAUCUACAAUGAGCCACUUUCCUCCUACUCCAACAGCUCAAUCAUAUCGCAACUUCUCCGAAAGAGCAUGCACGGCAAAAGAGCACUUGAUGAAAGCCAUUUCUAUCUGCCCAACUCGACUGCCACUGACUCUGGGCAGGAGGACCGUAGCAGCGUGUCGUCAAAGGACAGCACAGCGGAGGCAUCCUCCCCCAAUUGCCACAUUUCUACAAGGUGCGGCACAGAGGGAGAGCCGCUCACGCCCGACCACCUUCAAGCUAAGCGAGCCCGUGUGGAGAACAUCAUCCGGGUGAUGGCAGGCUCUCCCAACAACAGGGCACAUGGGGACAGUGAGCGGCCCGACGUUGAUUCCCGAGACCCCCGGGAAUCUAGAGAGGCAUACCGGGAGAAUAAACGCAAGCAACGGCUACCUCAACAUCAGGAGCACAGCAUUGGAGGGCCGGCGAAUCGAAAAGCUCAAGGUGAUCGCGAUGAGACGAACACCAAGGAAGACGAAUGUCACAAACUAAAAGAGCAGCUCCACAGCAUGCAAAAGCUUAUGCGUCAGCUCCAGGAAAAAUUCCUUCAAGUCUAUAAGCAGGAUGAUGCGGAUCUGGAUGACAAGGCAACUGGAACCACUGAUUGUCACACCCCGGUGGAAAGCUGCUACACGGGUCCUGAAGAUGGUUUGGAGAGGAAGAGCAAACUGGGUCCAGAGUGUGACAACAGAAUAAAAGCAGUUGGUCAUCUGGCUCACCAAAUAGAGAGUCAGAACCUUCGGGAAAUCUUGAAGCAGGAGCUGUCCAGAGCUUUGAAUGACUGCGUGGACCGGGUGUUGACCAAGGUGUCCUCAUCAGGACUCGAUGUGCCCUCUCAACAGCGAAUGUGCCCGUCUCCAGAGGUAAAGAUUAACUUUAGUGCUGGCAGAAAGAACCAAGAAGAAGGUUCAAUGCAGGAGCACCUGCAGGCUGAAGAGAGUCCCACCAAGCCCCACUCUUUGGAAUAUUAUGAGAACUCAGAGGCACACCAGGACCAGACAGAAGCGCUCUCACUGGUAGUUCGCAAACCAGUGACAACACCUCUGAGCUCAGUCACCUCCGCAGUGAAGCGGCCCUAUCCUGUGCAUCAGACGCCGUUCCAUUUCAACUACAGUGCCCCUUUGCAUGACAGUCAGAUCCUGGAGCACCUUCUCAAGUACGGGCCACAUUCUAACUUCGGAGCUCUCCACUGCAUACCCCAUUCGAUGGACGGGACCUCUCCAGACUCAGUCGACCUACCUUGGGACACCAUCGCCUUGAGAUCCAAAGUGACACCCGGUCAUCUCAGCCACCACCCUCGUCCCUCUGCCCUGGGGACUGUGACGGUCGACACUCUCUGCCUCCCUCACGUCAAACUGGAGUGUGGCGAGAUGCAAAAUAUGGCCGAGCGAAACCCCUACAUAUCCCUCAACAUCCAGGAGGGUCUCACCCCGAGUCACUUGAAGAAGGCCAAACUGAUGUUCUUCUACACUCGCUACCCCAGCUCCAAUGUCCUGAAGACAUUCUUCCCUGAUGUCAAGUUCAAUCGCUGCAUCACAUCUCAGCUGAUCAAAUGGUUUAGUAACUUCAGGGAGUUCUAUUACAUCCAAAUGGAGAAGUUUGCCCGCCAAGCCAUCGUCGACGGCAUCAGUGAAGUCAAAGACAUCACAGUCAGCAGAGACUCCGAGCUAUUCCGUGCACUCAACAUGCACUACAACAAGGCCAACGACUUCCAUGUUCCAGACAAAUUCCUCGAGGUUGCUGAAAUUACUUUGCAUGAGUUUUACAAAGCCAUUUCUGUGGCCAAAGACUCAGACCCAUCUUGGAAAAAGGCCAUCUACAAGGUCAUCUGUAAACUGGACAGUGACGUCCCAGAUGAGUUCAAGACAUCCUCCUAUUUGUAGGGCAAAGCGGAAAAACACGGUGACAGAAAUACUGUCGGAACUGCUGACAGGGGGGAAGUUUGUCACAUGAGUAUUUUGAUCAUUUCGUUGUAGUGCUUUUUACUAGUGAAGUGAAACGUAGUUGUUGGAUGAUGUUGGAUGACUAUGGUAGUUUGUUAAUAUUCUUGUGGCAUCAGACGAAACGAAUUAUUCAUGCUUGUUGUGUAUUAUACAGUUUGUG